AUGACUGGAAAAGAGCCUGAUGGAGCAUGUGCUCAUGGAAGCAGCAUCGGGAAGGCUCCACCCCCACAGCCGCUCACUCACCCUCACCGCCCGCAUCCUCAGCUGCCCCUGCUGCCCCCCCAACUGCCCCCACUGCGCCUGCGGCCCCCCCUGCUGCCAGCCAAAGCGCUUGUGAGCAUAGAGCAGGAGGUGGGCAAUGUAUCGAGCAUUGUCCCUCCUCCUGGGCCACCGCCAAUAGAUGCCCAGGCGCAGGCGAGGGAGGAGGGAGAGCGGUGGAGGGAGGGGGUGAGGGGGGAAGGGGAGGAGGAGGAGGAGGAGGAGGAGGAGGAGGAGGAGGAGGAGGAGGAGGAGGAGGAGGAGGAGGAGGAGGAGGUGGUGGUAGUGGUGGUACUGAUGGGUGCAGAGGGGUUGGGUGCAGAGGGGUUGGGUGCAGAGGGGGCUGCAUGCGGUUGCUUGUUGGAGGAGGAACGGGAGAAGGAAGCUGAGGAGGUGGAGGAGGAGGAGGUGGAAGCCGAGGUGGGGAAAAGCGAGUAG